AUGCCCCGUAGUUCAAAGGACACAUCGACGGAAAAGCCGCAUUCGUCCUCUGGGUCGAAGCAGAAGCCUCCUUCGGCAGGAGUACCAGCGAGUGCACCUCCCAGAGUGCUAUUAGUCGACCCCACGCCAUUACCAGCCCAUCCAUCGGGUGCAACAGAGAGCAGUUAUCAGACCGAAGAGCCUCCGAGAUCGGAGCCGACAACACAGAGCUCCCUGCCGUCUCAUACGCAACCAUCCACCAGCUGCUCGGCUCCAGUCGCACUCGCAAUGCCUUCUACAUCGAGUUAUCGCCCUAAAUCCAUUAAUAUGCCUGGACAAAGAACAACUGCAAAUCUCCAGCCCGCACGAUUGGUCGAACCACAGGCCCCUCUGGAACCGAUGCAACUCUCGAUCCCUUUUGUAAUGUCCCCAGAAGAGGAAGUGAUGCAAAGGAAAGCAAAGGUCCCACGUAAGCGAAAGCGGGGGAAAAGCAGUACAGAUGAAGCAUCACAUGCAACAACAACCGUCACGAGCAAGAAGGGACGACUAAAUAAAAGGGCACAGGACACCUUGGAGGAAGGAGCCCAAGACCCAUCCCAGCAGCCUACAGAGGGAGGAGAAGAGGUUUCCGAAUCAUCAGACUCGGAGAACAGGACGAAGCGCUCUCGUCGCCGUCGAAAACCCCGCCCAAGAGUAGACAAGCCCACACUCGAACUUCCAGAGGAAGGUCAUCCACUGGAUGAGACUACAAUGUCGAUGAAGGACCUGUGCAACGGUGCCGGACAGGGAAGAGUCAGCUCGCGAUUUUUGGAAACAUUUAUCAAAGCGGAGAAGAGCAAAGAGGAGAGGAAGGAAGGAAAUACUCGACUUCGGGAACUGACAAGGCGAAAGGAGCUCGGACUUCCAAUGGACGAGGAGGAGGAAUUUGAGAUGAGCACCAGGGCAAGGCGUGGACGCUCUUCUCGAGAGGCACUCCCACAAACGCAAACGAGCAACGAUGACGCAGAUGCCGAUAUGCAACUCGAUGAAGACGAGGACGACUAUGCUGGUGUAGCAAAAGCCAUGACUCGUGCGCCCAAAGUCCGACUAGACGCCAGCGGCGAGUUUGUACUCGACGAAACGGAGAUGGAAUAUGAUCGACAGAAGGAAGCCGAGGCCGAACUUGCAGCAAAGGGUCCUCUGGAGGUUGUCAUUGAAACUGACCGUGACAAGUUUACCAAUUUCGCGUCACAUUCGAGAAAACCACGAACCGACAGAUGGUCACCAGAAGAAACAGAGCAAUUCUACUUGGGCCUCCGGAUGUUUCAUACCAAUUUUGACCUAAUCGCUCGACUUCUUCCUAAUCGUACUCGGACCAUGGUACGCAACAAAUAUAGAGCAGAAGACAAGAAUCAUCCCGCCAAAGUAACAUUGCACCUCAGUUCGAAGAUGAGACUUCCGUACGAUCUCGAGUUGCUCUCAAGAGAAACUGGGCUCGAUUUCUCUGGACCUAUCCCACAUAUAGAACCACUUCAAUUGCAGGGACCAGGUAUCGAGGAAGAGGGUGAUGAUGCAGAAAAGGAGAACGAGGGUUUGACUAAGAAUAGCAUCUCGAGUGCACCGUUUAGUGGAGGCGAGUCUGACCGUGGAGAGGGGACAAGCAACACCUCGAUCAGAGGAAGAUCAGCUUCACGCUCUAAAGGGAAGCGCAAGUCGAGCAAGUCCAAGCAAUCUUCUGGGUCGGCGGUACCUCCUUCCGAGUCGCGAGCGGACGAGCAAACCAAUCAUGAAGGACACGUUCAGCCACUGCAUAACGGAGGUAUUAGACCAGUUGUAAUGGGACGUCCACCGACCAUUUCCUCUGCGCCGGUGAUUCGAACGAGCGUCAAGGUCGGUGGGGGUCUUAGCCUUCCCGGUGGUGGAAGGGAUUUCCGUCGAGAUGAGUGA